AUGCAAGCAUUUGCAAAUACGCUAUACUCAUACCCUGGUGUACGAUCGGUAGCAUUCGACAACAACAACGCUUACGGGUUCGCGCUAUCGGCAUCUUCAUUGCAACAACAAGUCAACGGGCUAGCAGGGGUUAUAAAUACAAUCUGUUCGGCGAUCGCUCCCACGAAAGUCAUCGAUAUCACAUGUGGCCCUCCAACACUUCCUGCGCCGCAAUGUAAUACGCCCGUCACUUUCUGUGCGGGGAUGUCACUAGGCAAUGCUGGAGUAACUCAAACCGGCAGCUGUACCACCGGCGGUCUCUUUGGAUGUUCCAACGAUCAAGUGAUGGCUACUGCUCAGGGCAUUUGUGCACCUCUUGGAUCAGCAUGUCAAGCCUAUGGUAGAAACGGCGGGCAACCCCUUGUCGUCUCACAAUCAGUCAGCGCUCUUGAGCAAUACAUUGCCAACUAUGCUCUAAGCAAUAGUUGCAGCGGCGUUGGUUCGACUACUCUUUACCUAAGUGACGUGGGGUGCUCAUCAUCCUCCAGCUCCAGUUCUUCGUCCAGCUCUUCAGCCCCUUCUACGGCCUCAACUAGCAGCGGCUCGGCACCAUCGUCAACUUCAAUCAUCACCACUACAGUGGCAACAACGUUUACGACGAGUACCACAUCUUCGGCAUCAUCCACCACUACAACUGCUUCAUGUGCGACCCCCACUCAAACUAUGGCUUUCUGCCAGGCUGCUGUGAGCCAGUGGGUGGUCAAGAGUCUAUCCUGCCCACUGGUAGUGGGCAGCUGUACAACUGCGCAGAUGCAGGCCAUAGCCAAUGAGCUUUACACGUAUGCCGGAGUGUCUUCGGUGUCGUUUACCAGCACCACAGCCUAUGGCUAUGCUUUGACAGCGUCUCAGCUUCAGGCUCAAAUUUCAGGCUUGGGAUCAGCUCUCAACACAUUAUGCGCGCUAGUCGGUCUCGCUAACACGCCUGUGGCAAACACCGCGUGCCCGGCUCCUGCGCUGCCGACUCCCCAGUGCAACACAGCCGUUGUACUCUGCUCGGGGCUCUCUUUAGCCAAUGUUGGUAUCAGUAACGGAGGAACAUGCACUACGGGCGGCCUUUUUGGAUGCAGCACGAGUCAAGUUGUCGCCACUGCACAGCUAACCUGCUCCACUACCCCAGGAUGUGUGGCCUAUGGAAACAACGGCAACACACCAAUCAUCGCCACGGAGUCGGUAAGCCAGGUCGAAACAUAUGUCGCCGACCAGGUAAUGAAUGGUUCAUGCGGCUCAUUGGGUUCUACCACUGUCUAUCUGACCGAUAUUGCCUGCAGCUGA